AACAGGAAGGGUACGGUGUACACUGGGAGUUUCCAGUCCACCGAAAGCACUUUAGUCGUUUUGAAUUAUUAUUGAAUAGUCUUCUUCCGUAAGCAUUGCAAAGGUGAUGUUUUUCCAUCAAACGGCAAUUUAAAUAUGGAUCUAGAGAAUCUCGCUGUUCUAGGACUGUGUUUUAUCCUCCAAAGCUCAGCCGGUUACGAGAACGGGGCUGUCAUCCAGAUUAUUCCAGCAGACAACCCACUCUGGGUAAAACUCGGCACUUCGUUCACCCUGACCUGUAACUUUCAUGAGCCAUGUCCUGGGGUGCAGUACACCUGGUACAAAGCUGAAAGUACUGAUGAUAACUCCAGAUCCAGAAGGAACAGCAUGUUCACUUUUCCAGAUUUGAAAAUUUCUGAUGAAGGCUUAUACAGGUGUGAAGUUACAUGUGGUGGUAAAACAGAGAAGAGCCAAGUCAAACUUCAUGUUUUCUCACUUGGUAUCCCUGAAAUAACGCAGUCUAAUCUGAAUGGAAAUGACACAAUUAAUGUUACAUGUCACGUGAGUAAGGUUUAUCCUGAUGGAUUUGUCAACGUUGAACUGUACCUUGGGGACAAGCUUCUGAGAAACGAAACACUAGACACUUUAGACCACAUGUCUGUGAUACAUACUUUGAGUCUGAGAAGGGAAGAUCAAGGAAAAAAGUUAAUCUGCAUUGCAAGAAGGACUGAUUGCAAUUUCAGUACAGAACAAUCUCAGAAACUAAACUUUUCAGAGGCACCUUCAAAUGUGCAGAUUGAUGUGUCUGCUCCUCUAUUGGAGGGUCAAGAAGUGUUUAUGAAAUGCUCCAGCGAAGGGCAUCCGUCUCCUGACAUCAGCUGGAACAGGAUCAACCUGCCCUGGCCUUCAAACCUGCAGAGGCACUCCAAUGGCACAGUGACUGGCCUGCUUUCCCCAGAAAACAGUGGCUUGUAUGAAUGCAUUGCUAAUAACACCAUGGGACAAAACAGAAAACCAAUUUCUUUGGCAGUGGAGUAUGGUCCAAGGUACACUUCCAUACAUGCCUCAGAAACAAGCAUUCGAACCAGAGAGUUAUUGAAUUUGACCUGUGUAACAGACAGUUAUCCUGCAGUCCAGCAGUACAAGUGGAAGAAGCUCCCUGCACAGGCUGUGCCCAAGGAUGUGACUCAGAAGAACAGUUAUUUAAUUAUAAAUAGCUUCCAGAAACAUCAUGAGGGGAUUUAUGAAUGCGAAGUCGUGCACCAGAGUGGUAGAACCGAGAGGGUUUACUUUAAUGCCAUCCUUAAAGAACCAGAAGAGCAGACUGGGAGCCAGUCGUCUCCGCUUCCAGGUGCUGUAGCUGGGAGUCUGCUCGUUGGGAUGACAGGAGGGGGGCUUGCUGGCUUCCUGCUGGCGAAGAGACUCUUGUAACUGGACUGCUUAUACCAGAUGCCGUCAACUAAUUUCACUCUUCCAUACAGCCUACACCCUUUACGCUGCAAUUACAAGACUGGUUCAGACCCAAAUCUGUGCUUGGUUCUCUGAAUAGUCUGCUUAUUGUGUGAGUAGGACAAUGCUGAAGUGUCAAUAAAAACUAAGCUUUAUCUUCUUUACUAAAAAAAACAUCCUGAAAAGGGCAGCUGAGUCAGAUGGGAGGGAGGAGUGCUGCUUUUCCCUACUUUCUCUCAUCUCCAUUGCUCAGUAUUGGCUCUUCAAACAACUAUUCUGCACUAGUGUCCGACAGCAUAUACUAUAUGCGCAAUGUUAUAUACACUACGCUUUAUUUUUUAAGUGUGACAAACUCACUGAACCAUUUUGAGAAAUAAAUCUGGUCAAGAAUUG